CCGUUGCCGGCGUCGAAAUUGGACUCAACGAACUGGGUGGGGUUGCCGCUAUUAAUUACUGCCUGUAUCUACUUGUACAGGGAGCAUUUUAGGUGGGGGACCUCUCCCCUCGAGGCCCUGAAUCAUGUCGUCAGGAGAAUGAUCCAGGAGGCCACGGACACGUUGAUUCAUCGAAGGCUUUGACUCGUCACAUCGAUCUUCUUGUAAUUAUACAAAGUCUUUACUCUUGGGAUUUAAUAGGUCUCAACACCACAGAACUCUCUGCUUAUGCUGCUCUCCCCCACGCGGCACACCUCUCGCACCUUGCAAUGGCCUUCAAUUGGCCAUGACGCAUACAUCCGCCGCGAACCUCCUAAUAAAUGGCUCAGUCGCAGCCAGAUCACUUCAUCGAACUAUGGUGCUAUGCAGGAAUCCUGCUUCUGUUGCUUUGCAUGCACUCUCAAGCAGCAUGUGCAUGUAGGUAUGUUCUUCACGGUUCUUGCUUGCUCACUGGCGCUGUUGGAGUGCAUCAAACCAGUGAAUUAGGCCCCGUGUUCCCUCUUCGGCCACAGUACGUCGCGACAAACCGGUGCUGGGAUAUUCUACUACUAGUAAUGACGAAGGCGAGCCAUAUGGGAGUGUUCAUCGACUCAAGUGUUUCCCCUGACAGCAGUGCAAUGGCGUUUUGGACUAACAAAGUGCCCCUGUAACCCGGACGAUCUAAUGAUCCAAUCACCCCAAGCUUCACGCCAUCGCGACUCGCAAGUUCAAAACUCAAACAGUCUUGAAACUCAGGUAGCAGGCAUAGGGAAUAGUAGCAUCGGCCGAGCACUGGACCAAAGCUGUUCCCAUCGCAAGGAUCG